AUGACCGAGCGCCACGUCCCCUUCUCGCUCCUGCGGGACCCCAGCUGGGACCCCUUCCGCGACUGGUACCCGCACAGUCGCCUCUUCGACCAGGCCUUCGGCUGGUCGCAGUGGUUGGGCACCAGCGGCUGGCCCCGCUAGGUGCGCCCCCUGCCCCCCGCGGUCGAGAGCCCCGCGGUGCCUGCGCCAGCCUACAGCCACGCGCUCAGCCGGCAGCUCAGCAGCGGGAUCUCAGAAAACCGGCCCACAGCGGACCGCUGGCGCGUGUCCCUGGACAUCAACCACUUCGCCUCCAACGAGCUGACGGUUAAGACCAAGGAUGGCGUGGUGGAGAUCACCGGCAAGCACGAAGAGCGGCAGGACAAGCAUGGCUACAUCUCCCGAUGCUUCACCAGGAAAUACACACUGCCCCCCGGUGUGGACCCCACCAAGGUCUCCUCCUCCCUGUCCCCUGAGGCCCCCAUGCCCAAGCUAGCCACGCAGUCCAACGAGAUCACCUUGGAGUCACGGGCCCAGCUUGGGGGCCUAGAAGCUGCGAAAUCCGACCAGUCUGCAGCCAAGUAA